AAUAAGAUCAUCUGUUGUUCCUCGUAUGUCUCUUCGCAUCUUUGUCAUGUCAGACAAAUGUUGGCUUUCUUUUCUCUAAGAUGUCUAAAUCUUGAGAAAGAUGCAGGGAUGGAGGAAAUCACUCAUUUAAGGCCUCUAGAUAGUUAUGAGCAUUGAUAAAUUCAAGUUCAACCCUAAUGAAUAUAAUAGAGCACCUAUAAUAUAACCUAAGGAAUCCAAUUUAAACAGAAAACCUUUAUGACACUGACAUUCUUUCACCCAGGUCUGAAGUAAAUUGCAUCAUCUGUUUUGUCUCUUAAUUAGAGCGUUGUUGUGAUUUUGGUGUAAUGAGGUCUUUCAUAUAAAACCUUUCUACUUCCUGUUUUGGAGUUGCAUUAGCACUUCUACACUGAUCUGAUUCUGAUUUGAAUUUUCUGGUCUGGAGCAAUAUUCAAAGAUUGAACAGAGGAUAGAGUGUACAUAAAGAUGGCCGACAUAACAAAGCAAUAUCUCCAUUGACGUGACCUUGAAACCAUCCGCUCCCUCCCCCGAUCACCACUGCACACACUGGUUCCAGAUUGAGGACAAUGCUGACUCUCUGGCUUAAAUUCUUUAUAAUGGGAGGAAGUUGAGAUGUGUCGUCCAUCUUUAUAUACAGUCUAUGGUCCAGCAACAAUCUGACUAGAUUGACUGACUAACUCACAAUCCUCAAACUAGCAUCUUGCUGACAGCACACAUGCACGGAAACUACUUUCACUGAAGCUUAACUGAAAGUAAUCAGAAUCAAGUGGAACAGAAAAGUGCUAAAGUAUCUCCUGGUUCGCUGCAUGUUCUUUGUAGGAUUUGAAGAUUCAAACCUUCUGACCUCCCUGUUUAUUCAGAUCUGCUACCAUCUUCAUCCGGGCCUUUUCUCCCUUUUCCAUAUGAUCCGUGCUUUUUUACUCACGAAGCUCACUUGACCAUGUGACAUCAUCGUCAUGCUAAUAAGGCGAAAUUUCAAACGGUUGCAAGAUGGCAAUAAACAAUGACUGAAAUGACUACAGCCUAUUUGAAAGUAGUGCAGAACUGUUUUUAGUGGUGCAUCGGAGCAGUUAGCAUGCUUGCGUGUUUGCUAUAGGAGAAACAAUCGUAGAUAUUAUGUUCACAGCCAGUGACCUUAUGGUUUGGUCUUCCUACAGGUUAUGACGAGACUUAUUCUCAGACCAAGAUGACUGACAAAAUUCCCGGCCUGUCAAGAGAAGGCUCUCCACACAGCGCAACAUCGAACAAGGAGGAGAACCAUCCUCUAGAAGCUCCAGAGAAAGAGGACCCCCUGGUAGCUCCCUUGGUGGAGGAGAGCCAAAUGUCUGCUGAGAGUUUUCAAGAGCAAAGAGCGCAGGCCAUCGCAGUUAAAGCCCAGGAGAUAGAGAAGGUGUACCGGCAGGACUGCGAGACGUUCGGAAUCGUCGUGAAGAUGCUGGUGGCCAAAGACCCCAACCUGGAGAAGCAGCUGCAGGUUCCCCUCAGGGAGAACCUCGGGGAGAUCCGCGAGCGUUGCCUCGAGGACCUCAAACACUUCAUCGGCGAGCUGGACGAGGCCGUGCGGCAGCCGGAGCCCUCUGUCUGCGACUCGACCACGCCGUCCACGUCUGGCCAUAAACUCUCAAAGACGGCGGUGAAUCACAGCUCCUCUUACUGACAUGUCGUUAAUUGAGACUAAACAUAGGAAUGACUCUUGGACGCGAUGGAUGUCUUGACAUAAACCAUGGAUUGUUGGACGGAAGCUACUUGACAGCACGGCAACCUGAAGAACACCUCGGCAUGGAGACGAUAAAGUGUUGAACCUGGGGGACGAUCAGUGUUAGUUGCGAACUGAGCUUUUUUUGUUUUCUACAUUCAAUUCCUCUGUUGAAAGAUGUUGAUUAUUAAAUGUUCUCGAGUUGUUUUUAUGUCAAAUGUUCAGAAAUAAAACAUUUUGUCUAUUUAAAGGCCACCUCUGUCACAUCCCAGUGAAAACGGUUAAAAUGAUUCUCAUUCUUUAACCUUAUUUUGUUUUGAGUGAUGUUGGCGUGAUGUUUCCAAAAGAAAAGCCAGACUAGAUUUUGAAUUGAAUAUUUUCAAUCACGUGACUUUCUACUAUGUGAUAUUUGACUCGGUGCUGCUACAAUUUACAACAAAUGUUAAACGUUAUUGUAUAAAUUUCUUACUGUUUGAAAAUGCCUGAUCAGGUUCAUUUCAUUGUGUUGUCUCAAAUUUUCAAACUUUGUAUCCCUCAUGAAAAAAAAACUGUACAUAGCUUUUGUUAUUUUGAUUACAUGAGACAAGGCUUUGCACAAACGUCUCUGAAGGUUGUAAUGAACAGGAUUUGAGUUACAAUUUGUUUAUUGUCACCGAUUAAAGGAAAUUUCAAAUGUUUGAAUAUUUAA